CAUCUUCACAACCACAAUGUACAACUGGUUGUGUUGGUGGUAAUACAGGUCCCUACUGUCAAUCAUCAUGUCCUGGUAACUGUAGAUCAUGCCAACAAUACGGGUCAUCAUGUAUUGAAUGUAAACAAGGCUGGUAUGGAACAAAAUGUGAAUCUAAGUGUAGUGAUGGUUGUGUAACCAAUAUAUGUAAUAAACCGGACGGGAAAUGUGGAUGUAAAGCUACAUAUUAUGGUGAUAAAUGUACAUCACCGUGUAGUAAUAAAUGUACAAACAUGAGAUGUUAUAUUCCUUCUCCUUCACAACCACAAUGUACAGAUGGUUGUGUUGUUGGUAAUACAGGUCCCUACUGUCAAUCAUCAUGUCCGGCUAACUGUAGAUCAUGCCAACAAAACGGAUCAUCAUGUAUUGAAUGUUACCAAGACAGGUAUGGUACAAAUUGUGGAUCUCGAUGUCUUGAUAAUUGUGUCGGAGGGUGUGGUAAGCUCGAUGGUAGAUGUAAUGACUGUAAACCUGAUAUAGCUGGUCCAUACUGUAAUAUUACGUGUGGUACAGGGUGUCAACCAACAACAAACCUCACCACAUGUGAUAGAAAUGGUAAUUGUACUGACUGUAUUGUUGGAAAACAUGGUGGUGGUUGUGAUAAGAACUGUAGUACAGGGUGUGAUGGUGGAUGUGAUAGAGAUGAUGGUAAAUGUACAUCUUGUAUUGUAGGAAGAUAUGGUAAUGGGUGUGAUAUGAACUGUAGUAUAGGAUGUGAUGGUGGAUGUGGUAGAACUGAUGGUAAAUGCACAUCUUGUAUUGAAGGUAAAACUGGAGACAUGUGUAACAUUGACUGUAAUAAUAAUUGUACUGUUUGUAAUCAGGAUGAUAUCAAUUCUUGUACUGAAUGUAAAGAUGGAAGAUGGGGAUCAUCAUGUAGUAAACUAUGCAAUACUAACUGUAAACCAGUUGUUGGUAAAACUGUUGGUAAAUGUAAUAUAACAAGUGGAUUGUGUACUGAUGGAUGUAAAACAGGAUUACAUGGUAUAGAUUGUAAUACAGAUUGUCCGUCUAACUGUAAAGAUGGUUUAUGUGGUCGGACCACAGGAGAUUGUAUCAAUGGAUGUUUACCUGGUACAAUAGGACCUAACUGUACAACAGAAUGUGAACCGGGGAUGUAUGGUGACAAUUGUACAAAGGAAUGUGGUAACUGUGCCCAGAAUAUACCAUGUGAUAUAUCGGAUGGUAAAUGUAAAGGUGGCUGUGCAGAUGGCUUUCAAGGACCAACUUGCCAUGAGAAAGAGGAAGCAGUACAAGCUACUAUAAUAGUAUCUGUUGUUGCUGCGUUGGUUGUUAUCGCGAUUAUUGGUGUUGUUAUUAUUUUGGUUGUAAGACACAGAAGACGACAGAAAUAUGUGGAAUCUAACCAACUUGAAGACAACCAUUUGCCUAUAGAUUCAAGUCUAACCAAAAGCGAUUCGUUUUCUAAGAGAACAGUCUCUAAAGUAGGCCAAAAACCUAAAAUCGAAGUUAAUACAUAUGCCAAUCUACUAGCAGAAGAGGACAAUGAGGCAGCACAAGUUUAUGUCAAUGAUGAUGAACCCACUGCUGCUUCUACACGUAUUCAGCUACAAAAUCUGCUUCAAUAUAUCAAACAACGAAAGGCUGAGGAAGAAUCGCUGAAAGCUGAAUUUGAGACCCUUCCAAGUGGACUAUGUGCAGCAUAUGAUUAUUGUAUGAAUGUUGUUAAUAAGCCGAAGAACAGAUACAAGAACAUAUGUGCUUUUGAUCAUUCACGAGUUAAACUGGACGUAGAAAACGAUGACCCUAAUUCUGAUUACAUCAAUGCUUGCUAUAUAACUGGAUAUGGCGACAUAGCAAACAAAUAUAUCGCUUCACAGGGCCCCGUUGAUGUUAUUGUUAAGGACUUCUUACGGUUACUAUGGGUUUCGGAGACAGGAAAGAUAGUAAUGUUAACUAACUUGGUAGAGAUGGGAAACAAAAAAUGUUUCAAGUAUUGGCCAAACAGUGGCAAGCAAAUGAAGUUUGGUCAAAUCUCCAUGACAUUGAUCAAUGAGGAUAUAUUUUCUCACUUUACUGUCAGGACUUUCAAAAUCACAAAAGACGAAUGUGGAUCCAGGACCAUCAAGCAGUAUCAUUAUACAUCAUGGCCUGAUAAAGGUGUACCUAUUGAUACUGCGUCACUGGUAGAAUUCAGAAACAAGGUAAUAAAAGCCACCUCUCCACAACCAGGACCAAUGGUGGUACACUGCAGUGCUGGUAUUGGAAGAACGGGAACUUUCAUAGCUUUAGAUUAUUCAAUAGAUAAAGCUAGAGCAGAAGGUUCUGUAGAUAUUUAUGAGUGUGUUAAACAGCUGCGAUAUGAACGAGUUAACAUGGUUCAGACUUCGGAACAAUAUGUAUUUCUACAUGAUGCUUUAGCCGAAUGGUAUAUAGCUGGAGAUAUUACAUUUCCUGUCACGUCUUAUCAAAAGGACUAUCAGACGUUACUGAAGGUCAAUAGUUCAUCUGGUAAAUCACAGCUUCAAGAAAGAUUUGAGAUGCUUGAUAGUAUAUGUCCGUCACAAAGAAAAGCUGAUUGUUUGGUAGCUUUAUCAGAAGAAAACAAAGAGAAGAAUAGAGAUCUAUCCAUUUUAGCAUCUGAUAAAACGAGGCUGUGUUUAUCUAAGCCACAGAUGACAGAUUAUAUUAAUGCUCUGUUUUUAUCGAGCUACAGAAAGAAACGUGCCUACAUAUUGACCCAGACACCCUUACCAAAUACAGUGAUAGAUUUCUGGACGAUGGUUGUUGAACAAGAUGUUACCACAAUAAUUAAUAUGGAUAUCACAGAAACAGCACAGGAUAUUGGACAAUAUGUACCAACUGAUGAUGAUCUGAACUGUGGACCAUUUAAUAUAAGCAAAACAGAUGAAACAAAACAUGAGAAUGGUAUCUAUACAGUUGUUACCUGUUUAAUUAACAGUGAAUUAGAUGAAAGCUUACAGAGAAGUAUCAGAAUAUAUCAGUGUAAUUUCUGGAAUUCGACGAAAGGGGUGCCAAAAUCUGCUGGUCCAAUCUUUACUAUCCUAGAAGAUAAAAAAUCAUGGUCUGAUCAAGAUGAAGAUGGACCCAUCGUUGUUCACUGUCUGAAUGGUGUAGAGAAAUCGGGUGUAUUCUGUGUUCUAGCAGCUAUAUUAGAAAGAUUAACUAUAGAACAAGAUGUCAGUAUUUUACAGACUUUAGUUCAACUAAGAGUUUCUAGACCUCAGAUUAUCACGUCUUUUGAGCAGUUAAGAUUUUGUUUCGAUGCUGUUGGUGAAUAUCUGGACGAGUUCUCUGUUUAUGCAAAUUCUUGCUAAAUGAUGAUAUCUCAGAUGUAAAUAUUGAUCAUAAGAAUGUAUUAAUUUUAUGUCAAAUAUAUGCAUAAUACAUGGCAAAUUAUAUUUAUUACUUAAUACAAAUAUCUUACUGGUGAUGGUGGAGAGGCUCUGUUCUACUUCAAUUCUUAACAUACCUACAUAACGAGUAGUGUGUCAGAUAAGGACAGGUGAAUGAGCUAACUUCAAACCAUUGUAUUGCCCUUAAAACAAAAGUCUUUCAUAGAAAACAUCUUUCAAAUUAAUUAUCAUUUUUAACCUUAUUUGAAAAAUUGCCGGAAAUUAAGUACAUGAUCAUAUUUUGCUUAAUUCGUCUUGUCAAUCUUUUCGUUUUUGAUAAUCUGCUUCGACAUUACUAGCCUAACGAAGACAAUUUUGUGAAAAUGUACACAUUGUGUCAAAUAUGUGGUUGAAAAGAUAGGAUUCUAACAUAAUUUGUAUAAUUUGUUUAUUUUUAUUUUUCAUUACGAAAUGUCAAACUACCAAUAUAUAUUUGUGAGUAUGUAACAGAUUCCAUAAUAUUCGAGCAAACAAAAGACAAGUAAUUGUAUCAAUGAAUGUAAUAUAUUAUAUAUUUUAAAAAUAACUACUUUAACCUCAAAUAAUUAUAUUUCACAAUAGCAAA